AGUGAUUCUUCCAGUGUUGGAUCCAAGAAAGAAAUCCAGGAAGCGAAAGCUCCCAGUCCUUCCAUAAAUCGGCAAACCAGCAUUGAAACUGAUAGAGUCUCUAAGGAGUUCAUAGAAUUUCUCAAGACCUUCCACAAGACAGGACAAGAAAUCUACAAACAGACCAAGCUGUUUUUGGAAGGAAUGUAUUGUAAAAGGGAAUUGAGCAUUGAGGAGCAGUCAGAGUGUACGCAGGACUUUUACCAGACUGUGGCUGAACGGAUGCAGACUCGUGGAAAAGUGCCUCCAGAAAGAGUUGAGAAGAUAAUGGACCAGAUUGAGAAGUACAUCAUGACACGCCUGUACAAACAUGUGUUCUGCCCAGAGACCACUGAUGACGAGAAGAAAGACCUUGCCAUUCAAAAGAGGAUUAGGGCCUUGCACUGGGUUACUCCUCAGAUGCUCUGUGUCCCUGUUAAUGAAGAAAUUCCAGAAGUGUCUGAUAUGGUGGUGAAGGCAAUUACAGAUAUCAUUGAAAUGGACUCGAAGCGGGUACCUCGAGAUAAGCUGGCCUGUAUCACCAGGUGUAGCAAGCACAUAUUCAACGCCAUCAAGAUCACUAAGAAUGAGCCGGCAUCGGCCGAUGACUUCCUGCCCACCCUCAUCUACAUCGUGUUGAAGGGUAACCCGCCGCGCCUGCAGUCCAACAUCCAGUACAUCACGAGAUUCUGCAACCCCAGCCGCCUGAUGACUGGAGAGGACGGCUACUAUUUCACCAACCUGUGUUGUGCUGUGGCUUUCAUUGAGAAGUUAGACGCCCGGUCACUGAAUCUAAGUCAGGAGGACUUUGACCGAUACAUGUGUGGCCAGAGUUCACCCCGGAAACAGGAAGCCGAGAGCUGGUCUUCUGACUCUUGCUGGGGUGUGGAGCAGAUGUACAAGAACUUGGACCUCCUGUCUCAGUUGAAUGAGCGUCAGGAAAGGCUCAUGAGUGAGGCCAAGAAGCUGGAGAAAGACUUAAUAGAUUGGACGGAUGGGAUUGCAAAAGAGGUACAAGACAUUGUGGAGAAAUACCCACUUGAAAUUAAGCCUCCGAGUCAGCCCUUAGCAGCCAUUGACUCUGAAAACGUGGAGAAUGACAAACUACCUCCACCCUUGCAACCUCAAGUGUAUGCAGGGUGAGGGGCUUCGUGGAUGGUACUUCUGGACCUGAGUGUUGGGGUCUCUGCACAGGUUACCAGGUGGAUCCAGAAUAGAGCUUUCUCACUUAGGUGUCAGGGCAUUUUCAAGGUACAGUUGUGGGGAUCAUUUGUUUUUCUUUCUGCAGGGGAGGUAUAGUAAAUAAUAAAUCGCUAUUUAUUUGAGUCACUGAAAUGCACUCCUUUUUAGGCUUCUAUGAGGGUUUUGUCACUGUGCUUCUGUGAUAGCCUUGACUGGGCUUUGGCUCUGGGUGGGACACUGCUGUUAAAGGCAAGGAGAAAUCAUUGCUCUACUAAGGAUAUGUGAAAGGCACUUGAUGUUACCACCCUCCCACAGUUUGAAAUAAUUUUCUAAUUGUAAAGACAGAAGAUAUAUCAAUAAGUAAAUAUGUAAAAUUAUAAAUAUGCUUAAAAAAAGAAAACUACUCAUUGGUGUCAUGCAUACGUUCUCUGUGUUAAUUAUUUUUUCAGUUUGAUGUAUACUGAGUAUUUGCCUUCAGCAUUAAUUCAUGUCAUUGGUCCACGGAAAUGAAUCAAAAAGUAUUUAGACAUAUUCCCUCCUAAAACAUGGACUUUGUCUUUAACCUUAACUUUGAGAUACUGUGUAGUCAGAGGUUAAAAAUUCAGAAUAAUAAUUUUAGGUCACAUAGAGUUACUGUUCAUCUCAGCCAAGGGAGGAUUUGAAUUAUGCUUCUGACAUCUUUUCCCCUGUUCAUUCACUAUUCUCUUUUGGUAAUUUUGGGUUUUCAAAGCAGAGUCUUGCUAUGUAGCCCUGUCUGACCUUGGACUUGUGGUCCUCCUGCCUCAGCCUCCCGAGUUCUGGGGUUGCAGCAGGCAUGUGGUAUCCAGCCUGGCUCAUUUUUUCUUUUUGCUGGUUGUGGGGCCUGAACUCU